AUGCGACUUUGUUGUGGAAAAGUAUCUGAUUCUGAAGCCGCUGAAGUUACUACUUUCGACAAAUGGUUGUUACAAAUUGGGGAUGGAUCCUUUUAUAGUGAUGUUGACAAUGACCUUAUUAAAGUGCCUACUGAUAUAUGUAUAAUGCCAUCCAAUGAUCCAAUUGGAUCAAUCGUCGACGCAGUUUACCCGUCCCUCUUGCAAAAGUACAAUGACCCAACAUAUUUGCAAGAAAGAGAAAUACUUACUCCUAAAAAUGAAAUGGUCCAUGAAUUGAAUGAUACAAUUAUGAAAAUGAUUCAAGGUGAAGGAAGAACAUAUUUUAGCUCUGACAAUGUGUGUAAAUCAAGUGUGAACACUAAUGAUGAAGAUCUAUUGUACCCAACGGAAUUUUUAAAUAGCUUAAGAUUUCCUGGAAUUCCUAAUCAUGAAGUACAAUUAAAAGUAGGAACUCCAGUUAUGCUUCUGAGGAAUCUAAAUCAAAGUGAAGGACUAUGCAACGGAACAAGAUUGAUUGUCACACAUCUUGGUAACUGGUCUAUUAGUGCAAAUAUCAUCUCCGGAAAAAACAUUGGCUCGAAAGUAACAAUACCAAGAAUUAUUAUGUCUCCUAAUGAUUCAAAGUGGCCAUUCAAGUUAAACAUACGUCAACUUCCUGUAACACCAUGUUUCGCUAUGACAAUUAAUAAAAGUCAAGGACAGUCUCUCAACCGUGUUGGAUUAUAUCUUCCUAAACAAGUCUCUCGUCUUAAUGGCACUUCAAUAAUAGGAGCUGAAUUGAUCAAUUUCUGA